GAGAAGUAAGAGUGUAUAGUUGUUUCAAAUGUUGUGUUUGAUGUAGAAGUAUUUAUGACAUAUGUCCACACGGGGACACUGUAGACCAUCACAUUUGGACGAUCUCUUUGGUGGCUAAGGGCUCCUCCCAGAUUCAGCGGAUGAUGUUUCUGUGGGCUUUGUUACAAAGAGAGGUCGGACGACAAAGAACGGUUGUCGUUUGGUCGCGGACAUGCCGACAUUUUUUAUUGGAAUAUAUCUUUCCUGAUCUUGAUCUCGUUGUAACGUAUUGUCCAGAUUUGCCUACAUGUUCCUUCUCGAUGUAUGGAAUAAUGCAUUUGCUGAGCAGAAGGAGCUCUGUGUGGAUAUCUCUCUUGGUCGUGCUGCUGGAUUGUUACUGGGAAGCGGUGUCUGGGCAGCUCUCUUACUCCGUCUCAGAGGAGGUAAAUCUGGGGACUGUUGUCGGAAAUAUCGCUAAAGAUCUGAACAUCAAUGUCCAGGAUUUGGAGUCCCGCAUGUUUCAGAUCGUUGCAGGAUCAAAGAGAAAAUAUCUCGAGGUAAACCUAAAGACUGGUGUCCUGUACGUUAAUGAGAGAAUAGAUCGAGAGGAACUCUGCGGCGAUGAACCAAAAUGUUCCCUCAGUGUAGAAGCAGUUAUUAAUAACCCUUUAAAACUGUACCGGAUUGAAAUAAUCAUUUUAGAUGUGAAUGAUAAUUACCCGUCAUUCCUCAGCACGUCGCAGAUAAUUAACAUUAGUGAGAAUACAGCAGCAGGAGCUAAAUUCCCUCUGCAUCCAGCUCACGAUGCAGAUGUCGGUAAAAAUACUGUAAAUAGCUACAAGCUUAGCCAAAAUGACCACUUCUCUCUCGCUACACAUACAGGAGAGAGUGUUACCGCCGAAUUACUGCUUCAGAAAGUUUUAGACAGAGAAAAACAGUCUGUGAUCCGACUCAUACUGACUGCCAUUGAUGGAGGGACUCCUGCUAAAUCUGGCAGUAUGACUAUACAAGUGAAUGUAUUGGACAUUAAUGAUAAUCCUCCUGUAUUCAGCCAAACUCUCUAUAAAGCUAGUGUGUAUGAGAACGCCAAGAUAGGAACAUCGAUAAUAACAUUAAAUGCGACUGAUUUGGAUGCAGGCCCAAAUGGACAGGUAGUAUAUUCGUUCAGUGAAGUAGGACGAGGAAAACAAACUGAUCUGUUUGCUAUAGACGAAAAAACUGGGACCGUAACAAAUAAAAAGAAUAUCGACUUUGAAGAGAAUAAUGCUUUUGAGAUUCGAGUACAAGCCAGUGAUGGAGCUUCCUCGCCGAUGACAUCACAUGCCAAAUUAUUGAUUGAAGUUUUAGACGUCAAUGACAAUGCUCCUGAAAUUUCAGUUACAUCACUGUUGAACACCGUGAAGGAGGAUGCGUCUAUUGGCACCGCCAUUGCGCUUGUUUCAGUAUUUGAUAAAGACGGAGGUAAAAAUGGCAUGGUGAACUGUAAAAUUUCCAAUAAUGUUCCUUUUAAAUUGGAGUCAAAUUAUAAGAAUUACUACUCGUUGGUGGUGGACGGUCCUCUUGACAGAGAGAGCGCAUCUCAAUACAAUAUCACCAUCACUGCGACUGAUGAGGGCAGCCCACCUCUCUCCAACACGAGCGUUAUUAAUGUGCACGUGUCAGAUGUAAAUGAUAAUACACCUAUGUUCACAGAAAACAUAAUCAAUGUCUAUGUGAAAGAAAACAGUCCAGUAGGAGUAGUUUUAAAAAAGGUUUCAGCAAUUGAUGCAGACAUCGAUCAAAACGGUCAGGUGAGCUAUUCAUUUUUACAAAGUAACAGUAACUCAUUGCCACUCUCGACUAUGAUAAACAUCAACUCAGAGACUGGAGAUAUAGUCAGCCUGCAGUCUUUUAACUACGAGGAGUUAAAAACGUUUCAGUUUAAAGUUCAGGCCACAGACUCUGGUGUUCCUCCGCUCAGCAGCAACGUGACUGUGAACGUUUUAAUCCUGGAUGAAAAUGACAAUAAUCCAACAAUUCUCGCGCCCUAUUCUGAGCACGGCUCCGUUAACAGUGAGAGCAUCCCCUAUUCUGCUGAAGCGGGAUACUUUGUGGCAAAGAUCAGGGCUGUAGACGCAGACUCUGGAUACAAUGCUCUGCUUUCUUAUCACCUGUCUGAGCCCAAAGGAAACAACCUCUUCCGGAUCGGAACCAGCACCGGAGAAAUCAGGACUAAGAGGAGAAUGAGUGACAAUGACCUGAAAACUCACCCCUUGGUGGUGUUGGUUUCUGAUAACGGAGAACCCUCCCUGUCAGCUACUGUGUCUAUUGAUGUGGUGGUGGUUGAAAGCACAGCUGACAUCCAGACUCAGUUCAGACAUGUGCCCAUAAAGGAGGAGAGCUUCUCUGAUUUAAACCUGUAUCUGCUGAUCGCCAUCGUGUCGGUGUCAGUGAUCUUUCUGCUGAGUCUCAUCAGUUUAAUAGCUGUCAGAUGCCACAGGACAGACGGCAGUUUCAGCAGGUACAGCGCCCCAAUGAUCACCACCCACCCUGACGGGAGCUGGUCUUACUCUAAAUCUACUCAGCAGUAUGACGUGUGUUUCAGCUCAGACACGCUGAAAAGUGACGUAGUGGUUUUCCCCGCACCGUUUCCGCCUGUAGAUGCUGAGCUCAUCAGUAUUAACGGAGGAGACACUUUUACCAGAACUCAGACUUUACCCAGCACAGACAAGGUAAGAAAAGCAUGAAAAAGGUACACAUAU